AUGGAUGCUGGCGAUGUUGUGUCGGCGACCUUCCACCGUCUCCUUUAUGGGCGGAAAUUUACAUCCUUUGAUGCGUUGGAGGAUGCAAUUUCACGAUUUACAGAGGUGAGAAUAAAACCCUUUUGCCUUGACUGAGGUUAGGAAACGGGUCACCGGUUCAAGCCCGUGAAUUCGCAUAGGCUUCCCGCUGGCAGCCCCAAUGCAGAGAAGUUUGUAUUCUAUAGUCGGAAAUACGUGUGCGUUUUGGCGUCAACUCGACAGUAAGAUUAAAUUUUCGUUCGGUCUAAUGUCAUUAUAUAGCCGUACCGGCUGUGAUGCAUUCUUCAACAUACAGUACCGCAGAGAGGGCUGCCUCGCGGUUACAUCAUCCCACGCGAUCCAUGGGCACGAGCCUGCGCCCGGGGCGCCGCGGUCGUCUAAGCAAAGGAGCCCAGGCUCCCGGUUGACGGACUUUCGGGCAUUGCGUCCGACCUCGCCGACAGGUAAGUAGACGCAGUUAUGUCAUGACCAUGCACCACAGCAAUGGACCAGACGCGCAGGUUAUGCGCCGUUUUUAAAGACAUUUUCAAAUCUGGAGUCUACGAGACCUACGAGGGGCUAAUGUCUGCUAUAAGAGAAUACGAGAAGGUAAGUCUCGAUAACAGACCCAUUCCUUUGCAGGCUUCCUUUACCAACUUCAUUAAACGGAGGAGUGAGAGACUCCCGUCCGGGCAUCCUCUGGUUGACACGUUGAAGUUUCGCUACAUAUACUUCAUAUGCUGUCAUUCUGGAGUUUUCCGUAGUUGCGGCUCCCGGACAAAGUCAACGUAAGCAACUGAUGCUAACUUUUAAACUGCUUAGGUCUCUGAAGUUCGGAUGCACGGCACGCUUUACUGCCAUGGUAACCGAGGGCAAACUGCGGGUGAAGGCGCUUAAUCUGCGUCACAACCAUCUAUGCAGUAAAGAAAUGUCGCGGUGUUGUGCAGGUAGAGCCUACCUGCACAUAAUGAAGGCCAGCCUGGCUGCCUACUCAGUAAUAGAAGUCAGUAGUGUCAAUUGUCGCGGUGUUGUGCAGGUAGAGCCUACCUGCACAUAA